CAGCAUGGAGUGGAACAGCAUGAUAACGGUGUGUCUCCUCCUUGCUGGGAGUGCUGCAGCUCUGAGGAACUCGAGCUCCAGCUACAUCAUCAUGGCACCCCGUGAGCUGCAUCUGGGGGUGCCCACUGCGCUGUCUGUUAUCAUCCUCGCCAACUCUACCAUCACUGUGAAAGCUGAACUGCAGGGCACGGAUGGCUCCCUGACGCUGGCCAAGAGCACCCUGGACGGAGGCUCAACUGGUGUUCUGAUGAUUCCUCCUAUUGAAGUUGCGUCUGUGAGCCAAAGGCUUUCAUACAGACUGGUCCUGAAAGGAUACGAAGGCACCCGACUCCUGUUUACAGACGACACCACACUUACACUUAGCCAAAACACUCCGUCCACACUGGUCUGGACACCUCAAUCCCACUACAGGCCCAGUCAAACAGUGCAAAUACAAGUGCAGCCUGUCCACUCUGGUAGAACACCUUACAGAGGCAAGGUGGACAUCACAGUGCAGGAUCCCGCAGGAAAUGUUAUCCAGCACUGGCGGUCUCUAGACAGUCUUCAGGGCAUGUUGACUGCGGAGCUGAAACUACCACACAACCCCUCCUUUGGCAUGUGGCUGAUACAGGCUGUUGUGGAUGGUCGGGUGAGUGGAAGAGAGUUUGCUGUGUACCCAAAUGGAUCAAAAAGCAAUAACUUUGAAAGAGUAGAAGAAGCUUCAGAGAGAUACAACAUUGAAUUCAGCACCCUGUCUCAUCUACCAAAGCCAUCCCCGACCUUUUCAACACAAGUAAAGAUAUCCAGGGUGGACCAGAAGCCCCUGAGGUCAUCUGAGAGAGAGAAGGGUGUGCAUGUCAGGGUUGUCCAGCUGAGGGCCCAGCAGCAAGAGCAACAUGAGGACUCUGGACCCCAGGGCCCCGGUGAUUCAGUAGCGGAGGUGGCCACGCGAGAUGUCACACACACGCUGCCUGAGGAUGGGAAGUUACCCAUCCAGUUUCAUAUCCAGGAAGAGGCUGAGAAGAUCAUAAUCCAGGUUGAGUUCAUGUCAGCUGAAAAGAUUCUGGUGUUAUGCAGGACAUCAGUGUCACCUAGUGGAUCCAAUAUUCAAAUCUGCCCACCAAGCCAAUUGGCACAGAUCGAUGUCCCUAUUCAACUAAAGAUUGCCAGUAAAUAUUCUGUUAAUGAAUUGUAUUAUGUGGUGACCUCCAGUGGACAGGUGGUCGCUACUGGACGAGAGACGUCCUCUGCUGAUCUUCUCACACCCGCACAGUCCUGGACUCCAGAGGCCUGCCUCAUUCUCUUCCACCAGCUCACCUCAGGACAGGUGUUGGGUGACCAGGUAGAGUAUAAGACAAGCAGUCCUGAAGCUGAAUAUGCCUGCAAUCUGGUUGUACUGACAGAUACCAGUCUUCAACAAUGUGGGCAAAUAGGAGAUUUUGAAUAUGUGGUGGGACAAGCCGUGAUUAAUACUGAGGGAGAAGAGAAGACACGCAGAAUGGAAACAGAGUUUUCAGACCCCUCGAUUUGGAUGAGGAGAGACAUGAGUGACAUCAAAGCCACAAGUCUGCAUCUGGUAUCUGCGGUUCCCUUUUCCUUAAGGAAAGCCAAAGCAACAGUCCUGCUGAGUGGCCAGAAUCCUGGCCCCGUCUCCAGGCUGAGAAGAGCUACUGAUGACAAAACCCUUACUUGGUCUGUACACCUCCCUCCGAGUUUGAUCAAAGGUGAAGAGCUAAUUUUAGAGGUCAGACUAUUAAACCAUCUCCAGAAUGACACUGAGGUUAUUGUGGUAGUUGAGGAGAGCCAGAUGUUUGAGUUGGUCCUGACAGACACCAGUGCUGUGUCAACGCCCAACAAACAGACCCUGAAAGUGAGGGCACUUGGACAGGCUUGGGCACUUUUCCCCAUACGACCUCUGGUGGUCGGAGAGAUAUCGUUCUCCAUCCUCGUGAUGUCCUCAGAGAUACAGGAUAGCACAAUGGCCAAACUAUUAGUGGUGCCAGAGGGCCAUCAGCAGACCUUCUCCCAGUCUCUGUUUCUGGACAUUCCACCAACCGGGAGCAACUUAUCGAGGAAACUGCAGUUCACGCUGCCUCAUGGAGUGGUGCCAAACACCCAGAGGGCUCACGUGGCUGUGGCUGGUGAUAUUCUUGGCCCCUCCAUUGCUGGCCUGGCUCUACUCAUUCAGAUGCCUCACGGCUGCGGGGAACAGAACAUGAUACAGUUUGCUCCCAGUAUUUACGUAUUGCAGUACCUGUCCAGAGCCUCUGUCAUCAAUAAGGAAAUAGCUGGUAAAGCUUUGGCAUACAUGAAAGAAGGAUAUAAUCGAGAGCUGUCAUACCUGCGGGACGAUGGGUCAUUCAGUGGAUUUGGACAGCGCGAUCCCUCUGGCAGCACGUGGCUGACUGCCUUUGUCCUAAGAUGUUUCUUGCAGGCCCAGGUUUUCAUGCAGAUUGACCAAAGCAUGCUCUCCAAAGCCUUAUCGUGGCUAGCGGAGCAGCAGACUCCAGACGGCAGCUUCACUGAGCCCGGCAGGGUCAUCCACACAGAGCUGCAGGGCGGUGACCAGGUGUCCCUCACCGCUUAUGUCCUCAUCACACUCUUGGAGGACCAGGCCCAAAUGGGGCUGUUCCCAGGUAAUUUGUCCAAAGCCACAGAGUUCCUGGAGACGCAGCUGUCCAGUGGGAUCUCCAGUAACUACAGCUUGUCCCUGGUGUCUUACGCUCUGUCCCUGGCCAGCAGUUUGAGUACACAAAAUGCCAUUGAUGAACUGAUAAGCAGAGCAGACAUUAGAGAUGGAGUUCCACUCUGGAGUUCCAGGAAUGCUGACCUGACAGAGUCCUGGCAGCCCUCCUCAGCAAGUGUAGAGAUUGCUGGGUAUGUGCUGCUCAGUCGGUUCAAGCAGGGUAACAUUGUGGAGAGCAUCGACCUCAUGAAGUGGCUGAGUAGCCAGAGAGGGUCUUCAGGAGGAUUUGGCUCCACACAGGACACUGUUAUUGCUCUCCAAGCUCUGUCACUCUACGCAUCUUUUAGUGGCUCAGAGGCAAUUGAUCUGAAAAUGAAUUUCACAUCCAAGGCCUCUCUGAUGGUAACAAGCUUUACAAUAAACUCCACAAACUAUUUAACAGUUCGUCAACAACAGAUCGACAUGAACACAUCGGUUCACAUAGAUAUCUUCAUUGAGGGAAAAGGAUUUGCCUUAUUUCAGAUGAACAUAUUUUACAAUUUGGAGAGCCUGGCUUUGUCUCAGGCACAAAGGCAUGCCACAAGCCAUGAGGCCUUUGAGCUGAGAGUUAAGGUGUUGGAUGAAGAAAGAGACACAAACCAUAUCCUUUUAUCCAUCUGCACCAAACUGUUAGACAGUCAGAGUAUCAAGCAGACAGGAAUGGCCCUACUAGAUGUCCAGAUUCUGAGUGGAUUUACGCUACGCCCGAAUGGCAUUGAGACAAAUUAUCUGGUGAAGAGCGUGGAACCUCUGCCUGGGAGAGUGGUGCUCUACUUGGAUUCAUUGGGAAAAGCUGAGAAGUGUGUCAACAUAUCUCUUGUGAGACAGUUCAAAGUCGCCCAUGUGCAGCCAGCAUUGAUCCAAGUUCUUGACUACUAUGAGCCUCGGCGGAAGGCCGUGAGACUGUACCACUCCAAGGUGAUGCGUGACCUUCCAAUCUGUACCUUCUGUGGAGACACAUGCGAUCAGUGUUGGGGUAAAAUAAGCACUAGUGAUACCACAACUAUUAACUUGAGAAACAGCGCCAUCUACAGUUUGGGGUGUUUACUAUUAUUUGUUGUCAGAAUGUGACUAAAUAGAAUGCUUCUGAAUUAGUAUAGUAGUAAUAUAGUAUAUAUACUCUUUUGAUCCCGUGAGGGAAAUUUGGUCUCUGCAUUUAUCCCAUCCGUGAAUUAGUG